AUCUCCCUAGCCCACUUCUGUGAGCUCCACGGCCCUACGUCCAUCAUCUGCACCCAGGCCACCACUUCGCCCUGCUCCACGUGCAACCCAUGCGUCACCCCGCCUUCGGAAGAAGCUCCCAUCUCCUCCCUCCCUUACAACAACUCCGUCUACGAUCAUCCCGCCCUGAGUCUCCCCGGACGCCUCGCGUCGCCCUUCGACACGCCGCCUACGAGCCCGCGCUCUCCCUCACACAACCCAUACUUUCCCACUCUCUCCUCCGAUCGCGCCAGCUCCGCCAGCAGGAGGCCGAGCAGCACCUUGGACGCCGACCCCGACGUCUGCGAGAACUGCUCCAUCGUCAUCCCCAAGAAAUACAGCGACAAGCUAACCACCAGCGCACCCGCCAGUCCUUCCAAGGACCGUCGUGGCGCAAAGAUUCCCAACCCCGUCCUGCGCACCGUGCAGAAGUUUCCCGUUCGCGGUUGUCCUGCAGACACUUUCGGCGGCUCCCCUGACUACUCCGAUGUCUCGGACAAUGAACAAUCGCGCUCCUUCGACAGCUCCCAAUCCUACCCUGAUUCCAUUCCCGGGUCUCCCGUCUUCGCUGCCAGUGGCAUGCACACGCAUACCUUGAACUACAUCUCCACCAGCCAACCGCAAUCGCCGGCCCUCUACUCCCUCCUCAGACGCAUCUGCAUCCGCGCCCUCUCGUGCGAGGCCCUUCCAGGCGGUCGAUCAGCCGGACCGAUGAUGUUCGGUGACCCCGUCGCAGGCUACACCAUCGCAUACAUCUUCCGACUGCAGGAUCCGAGGUCCCGCGGCGCCAAGAGGACAUAUGCCUUGCUCGCUAUGACGGGAACGCAUUGGAGAGCGAGUAGAGUCAUGGUCAAGGUUACCGAGCUGUUUGAGAUCAUUGCCAACCGUAUCGUCAAGUUGGCCGAGGACGUCCUGGCAAAGGAAAAAGAGGCGGCCCCUUCGUCGUUGAAUCUUUCCAGUCUCCCCUCCGUAACCAGCUCCAUGUCCACGUCGGCUGGGUCCACUUCUCCGCAGAAGAGUAGAUUCCCGCCGUCCAUGACCAGCUCUCCCGCCACUGCAACGACCCGCAGCAUCACCCCCGUCUCCUCCUUCCUGUCCGCGAAGAAGGUCGACCCCGACGGUUAUCCGCGCCUCAGCCGCGAUGUUAUGCGCCCCAAGACGCUGGUCGAGAUUGUCGGCAACGAGAACUUCUUCGUCGAGCUGCACGGCUGGUUUUGCAGGCUGUUGCAGUGUCUGAUCAAGGAGUUUGGGUGUUGA